AUGGGUUGUGGGAAGAAGGACAUCGACCUCUGGCUUCCCACAGUGUCGGUCACCCUCGGUAUGCACAGGAGGUCGGCGCCCCUGGCAGACGGCGGGCAGAAGGUCACGGCCGCUGAGGUCAAGAUUUAUCCGGAAAAUAACUUUUCUCAUGACCUCGCUCUUAUCAAACUCCCGGAACCGGUGGAAUACACAGAGAAAGUGCGUCCAGUGUGUCUCCCGAACAGAGCCAUGCACGGGAAAAACGUCACAGGAGUUAGCAUGGCUCUGAUCGGGUGGGGUAAGACGCAGACAGGGAGCUUAUCAGAUGAGCUUCGCGAACUCGGCAGGCUGGGUAUCGAAUCCUCGGUGUGCCAAAAGGUGUUUGGAUCUUACAUAACCGACCACCACUUCUGCACCACCGGAACGGACGUCAAACACAUUUGCCUGGGUGACUCGGGGGGACCUGUGAUGACCGUGGAAAGGUCAAGGUUCUUCCUCACCGGCGUCAUUAGCUUCGUAGCCACCAAGAACUGCGACGGCGAGUACCCGGAUGGACACACCUCCGUCUCACACUUCCUAGAUUGGAUCCAAGAAACCACAGGGCACACCAUCUACUAGUGGACGGGAGGCUCUGCAGAGGAUAAAGAAAGAGAGGGGGAGAAAAAAUAAAUAAAUAAAGGGAAGAAAAAGGCACACACGAACAAGUAGAAAUGCACAGAUACGCAUAAACACACACGCAUGCACAAAUAAACACACAAACACCUGUACAAAGGUUAUCGACAGCUGUGUUGACUUUAUGGCAAUUUAAGUAGCAUGGCAACUAUUUAGAUACAGAUUUGCAUCGUUUUUUAGUUUGUUUGUUUUUCCUUUUUACAUUUUGAAUAGUUUCAGACGUACAAUACAAAGGAUAUAGAACUUUAUGCACUAAAUACUGUUACAUAUACACGAUGAUUUAACUAAUUAACAAAUAUUCUGUAUCGCCAACUCUACAAGUGCGGCAUUUACGCUCGUCUUAUCAGUAGUAAAGCAGUAGAUAAUAAUUUAUCAAGUACGGGUACCUGCAUUAGUCAUUUGAUAUUCCUAGUAAUAGUCUCCAUCACAUACAUUAUAAAAAUAACGUUUAAAGAAGGCUCCCCUUGGAUUUAACAUUUCAAAAAUCAUAAAUGAGGGAGUCACAGCGAAACCUCUGAGUCAAGUGCCUUCCGUGCUGUGCCAAUCUCCCUCAGUAAAUGUCCAAGCACGUUCCCUGAAUUCGAACAUGCUUUUUCGAGACAGAUAGGCCAUUCUUUGAAACACC